UUAUCUCUAACUUGCUUUUAGAGUACUCAAACUUUAUAUAAAUAAUGAAGGAAGAAGACAAUAAUAUCAAAUAAGUAACCUAAUCUAACAAAAGUAAUCUUAGGAAGAAAACCAAUUUUUUAUACCACACUUUAUGAUACCAAUAAACUACACUCCGAUUCCAAACGAAAUAGAGAAUUAUAAAAUGGCGAUUCAUCAUUUAACUGAGGAAAAUCACUUUUUGAGAAAACAACUCCAAAACAAUUAAGUUUCAGACAUUCUCUCUUUGAAUGUAGAAUAACUAAAGGAUGAAGUAUUCAAAAUGAUUGACUAUCUGAUGAAAAAUCUCAAUUAUCUUCCAAAAGAAUAAAUCUUCGCAUACAGAAAAACUAUUCGAUUAUGCACAUAAAGAAGUGCGCUUAAAAGAAUCUAUUUCCUUAUAUUUACAAGAUAUUUAUCAGUAAAUUUGCAUUCAAUCUAUAGGCUGAAAAAACCAAAGAAGAAAUGAUAAAAUUCAUUAUUCGCAAAAGUGUGAAGUAUUAGAAGUCCACUAGUACCAUAUAGAAACACGAAAUGAAGAAAAUGAAUAAUGCAUUCGUUUAGCAAUUAUUUCUAUCAACUCAAUAUCAAUAACAUUACUCAAAUUUUCUAAGUAAGAAUAUUGUAUUCCAUCAAACUUAGGUUAAUACUUAUAGCUAGCACUUGAUGAAAACAAACACAAAAUUCAAAAAUAUGUGAAUUUUAUUGUGGAAUCCAUUUAAAAUGGCUAAAUUGAUGUAUUAUUUUAUUAAAUUUUAUUAGGAUGUAUUAAAUUAUAAAAGAUUUCCGUGGUUGAAUGAGUGGAUACAAUAAUCUGUUUAGAUUGCUAAAGAUCUUUAAUUUACUAGCAAUUCCAAAUGUUUAGAAAACAAAAAAAAAAUUAAACUCUGAUUAAGUACUUAAUUGGAUAUAAUAAUGAAG